AUAACUUUUCAACCGUAAACACCUGAGCGCUCCUUUCACAGCUCUUAAGGAGUUUUGAAAAAAAACCAUCAUCCACAUGAGUUCCAACAUUGUCGUUUCACGAUUUUGAAUAAAAAUUGUUAAGAUUUUUAAAUUUAAGAAAAAUUGUAAAAGCCCGUGAACUCAAUCAAAAGAUAAAAUUGUUAUUUUCUUAGAUAAAAUUGUUGUUAAAUUUUGUAUAUUGUGACGAAUGACUGACGGUUUGUUUACUUUAAAAGAGAAGAAAUCUGGUGUUUAAACUUUGUUUCGUUACGAGAGGUGAUCUUCAAUUAUUGUGAGACACGAUUUCGGCUUGAAUUUUGUGAUACAUUAAAUUGUUUGUAGAAAUUUUUGUUGUUGAACUUUUUCGUGUGCAGAAAACGAAAUUACUAUAAUUUGUCGGUUUCCAAUUUCAACUAAAAGAAAAAAUUUAAGAUGCAUUUGAUGAACACCCUCACUUGUUUUCUCCUUUUGAUCCUUUCAUCAGUCGCACUUGGAGAAAAUAACACUUCAACAGAAAACAACGAAAUCACACCCAAAGAAUCGAUUAAAAAUAUUGACAACACUGUUCGUCAAGCUCUUCUUCGUGCCAUAGAUAAACUAGAGAAGCAAGCAGCCCAAUUACCUUCAUCAUCUGAGGAAGACUCAUCAAGCACCAACGAUCACAAUGAAGAACCCGAAGUCCCAGCAAGAGUUGUUGAAAUUUCCACAACUACUAAUGUACCUGAUGAAAUUCUUGAAGAAAGUACAACACCUGAUAUUGCACCAUCAGUGCAAUUCUUUACUGCAGCAUUUGAUGAUAAAUUAUCAAAAGAACAGCCACUUAUAUCAUUUAUAAGAAAAGAAAAACAAUUAAAAAAUAAAAACUUAGCUACCGUUAAUCUAGGGUCACCAGAUGCUCUUAAUGGGACUUCAUCCAGUUCUCCGGAUAAACUUCAGGCAACUCGAAGUAUAGCAUCUGAUCGUUCAAAUGAGAUUUCUUCAGAAAACAAGUCUGAAAUUCAAUUUCAAAUUACCAAAGUGAAAAAGAAGCCAGUUCCAUCAACAACGACCACAACAACAACUACUACAACAACCACAACCACUCCAAGGCCCACUCACAAUGAGGAUGGUGAAAAUAUCGAGCUAGUCGCCAAGGAUGACAUUAAAAUUCAAGCAGCUCCUCUUGUCACAGCAUUUACAGUAGAUUUAGACGAAAGAGGUGCUGCCAAAAAUGUUAUUCCCAUCAUUGAAAGACAUUCCACAACUAAAAAGCCAGAAGUGUCUCCUAAGCUUGGAGCAACUAUAGCUAGGCUUAAUGUACUCCCAGCUGGAGCAGUGCAUCCUACUCCUUCAAUAGUUACACACAAUGUUGUACAGUAUUCACGAAAUGAAGUAACACAACCCAAGGCAGGCCUUCCCAAUACGGUAGUUAAAGAACUUUCAAACUCGGAUACGAAUUCUCAACAAAGUUCUAGUUUUCCUUUGGUAGAUAACUACCUUCUAGAAAGGCAGCGCACCUUGGAGCAACAAAUCUUUCAGCUUCAACUCCAAGCUAAACAACAGCAAGAACAAAUAAGAAGACAACUUCAAAUCCUCGAGCAACAACGUCAACAGCAACAACAACAACAAAUUCCGACACAAGAAACUGGUUUACCUAUUCAAACCAAUUCCAACAAUCAACCACAAAGUUCUAAGAGUGGAUACACGAUUCGACCAUCUAUUGAAUUCGUAGCAGCUUCCAGCAAUUCUCAAGAUAAUUUUGGAUUUUCAUCAAACCAACAGCUUCCUUUCGCGAAACCUUCAAAUUUCAACCCUGAUUCAAACCGAAAUCAAUUCAACUCGAAUGAAUUUCCGAACGCAAAUAACAAUGGUUUUGGAGUAAGCAUCAAUAAUGGAAACCAGGCUUACAAUGGAAACAGAAAUCCAAACCAUUUUGAGUUGAAUGGCGCCCAACAACAGUCUGUUAUUCAAAUUCAGCCAUCAAAUCAACUUCCAUUUGUGCCAAACUUGUCAGAACAAUUAGUUCCACAACCACCAGAAUUGUCACUAUUUCAAAGCCUCCCCCAAAACAAUUAUCAAGCUUUCCAGAGCCUGCCAUUUCUGAACGGAGCUAACAAUUUCUUGCAACAACAAGAAAAUCAACAGCAACAACAACGGCAACAUGGGGCACGUCAUUUCCGGCAAGAUUCUCAAACUGGCAAUUUCGGUUUGAACCAAUUGACCCCAAGUCAGAAUCAGAACUUCUAUAGACAGCAGCUGACAUCGGCGAACAGCAAUCAACUGCAAAGUGUUGCAGACGCUUAUCACUCAGGUACCCGACUUGAACAUAUCCCUGAAUUAAAUAUAAUUAGUAAAGUUUUAGAACUCAAUCAUGGUAUAAAUCCGUAUGCACCGGAAAAUUUGCGAUUCCAGGCCAGACAGGCUGGGUUCUAGGGAUGCACCUCUGAGCACUUUUUAGUCUGUAACAUCAUCUAACUGCACACUCCCCUUCAUCUCUUUAAUGCAUGCGCUUUGCAUGAUUUGGCCAAUUCUUUGUUUCAAGCAUGAAUGUUUAUUUUUAAGUUACUCGAAAACAAUAAAUGGUGCGGAGUUUUGUUUUAUAUUCAUUUUAGGAAUAAGAUACAAAUAAGUUUAUUUUUUUCUUUUUCAGUCAGACAAAUUUUGAAUUUAUAUUUUUUAUUUAGAAUUUGUAAUCAUAAGUUUAUUGGUACUGUUAUGUAUGGUCAGUGUUUAUAUGCAUUUCUGUAAACAUAUCUUUGGAAAAUUUCUUUUUUUUUUAAAUUAAUUUCGAGUACGUAAUUAGGUACUUAUGAAUUUCACAUUUAAUUGUUAUUUAAUUUAUCAGUGAAUUGUUAUUUUCAGA